CGCGCUGUAGCCGUAUAAUCUACCCGUCCAAGUUCGUCUGUGUCCACAGCAUGUGAGCGCUGACGUCGGCCCCGUAGAUCCCACAGCCACGUCCAAGUUUCUUGACUUGGUUAAAUGUAAAAUAAAGAGAAUCUCCCUCGACGUUACAAGACCUGCUUCGAAUUCAAUAACCAAAAUUACAGAAAUCGCGCUUGAGCGCCUUUAAACUGAAUUACUAAGCAACAACGUCAUGGAGGUCGUCACGAACGUCGUGAAUGCUGCCACAGAGGCGAUUUGGGGCAAGCAGAGCAGCACCGCCGAAACCGAAAAGAGAACGGCAGAAAACGAGACUGCUGGCCAGGAGCCGCUGUCUGGCAAGAUUGGCGCCGGAACUGCUGACGAGCCAUAUGAUAAGGGCAAUGCCGUGGCCGACGAAACGACGUUGCGCAACGAGACGCCCGGUCAAGAGCCCCUAUCUGGUGUUCAGGGUGCCGGUACAGCAGAUGAACCAUUUGACGAAGGCAACUCCGAGCCGUCCGCCCUGAGUGAGACCACAGUCGACACGAGGCCCUUGGAGGAGGAGAGGCCGAAGCAUGAAUUUCUUCCGGUGAACGGAGAGCCUCCAGUUGUGGCCAAGACACCCAUAGUGGCGCAGGAAGAAGCUGGAGAGCUUAGCAAAGAGGAUGUUACCACUGAGCAAAGUCUCAAGCCCACUGUCAUCGCAACUGACGGAAGAGGCCUCGAAGCACCAAAAGCCAGUACCGAAAUGGAGCCGAGUCGUUUUGAAGAGAAAGAGGAUGAGCCAACCGGAGAGCAGCUCAGUGAAGAGUCGACACCAAGCUCGACUGAGAAAAAGCCACGGUCCAAGCUCGGCAGGUUGAAGGAAAAGAUGCACAUUCGCUCAGGGAAACACGCGUGACUACGCGAUGUUCUGGAGGGUGCCGAUGGUGCCGUGGGCGUUGGCAUAAGUAAAACCAAAGCCGACCAGAAGCGUAUCAGCGAUGCAGCGAAAGCGGCACAUUUGAAAGCUGAAAGGGAGAUAGAACAUCCUUCAUCUUAUCCCUGAUGGACUGUAUGAAUUAUGAGCAGGGUGUACGGAGAAAUGGUACAGAUUCAGGACAGCACGUUUCUCACAAUCCUCCUCAAACUUGCUUAGCGAUAUAUGAACGAAGUCUGCAGAGACAGCAAAAUACCAUUUUUAAGACAAGUGUGAAAGAACGUAGUUCGGAUUGCGACUGCGCCUCGUCAGGACGCUGAAUCGCGAUAUACGCCGCCUGGAAUGCACACGCUAUGCACAUCAACAGCAGUGAUUACAAUAAUAUAUGUAAAGUCCCC